AUGGCGGGGAAGAUGACAUUGUACAAGCUGGUGGUGCUUGGGGACGGAGGAGUUGGGAAGACGGCCUUGACAAUCCAGCUCUGUCUCAAUCAUUUCGUCGAGACCUACGAUCCGACCAUUGAGGACUCAUAUCGAAAGCAGGUGGUCAUAGACUCGCAGGCAUGCAUGUUGGAAAUCCUGGAUACGGCUGGCCAAGAGGAAUAUACUGCCCUCCGAGAUCAAUGGAUUCGCGACGGUGAAGGAUUCGUUUUGGUGUAUAGCGUCUCGUCCCGAUCUUCCUUCCAGCGGAUACGAAAUUUCCACGAACAUAUUACAAGGGUCAAGGAGUCUUCAAGCACAGGUGGCCAAGUUGGUUACCCCGGAUCUCCGUUGGGAUCACCGUCUGCCGGCAUUCCAUUCAAUCGUAAAAACAUUCCUAUCAUGUUGGUGGGAAACAAGACCGACCGCGUCACGGAGAGAGAAGUCUCCACUCAGGAGGGCCAGCAGCUGUCCAAGGAACUCGGCUGCGAUUUCGUUGAAACUUCAGCGAAGAACUGCUUUAAUGUCGACGUGGCGUUUUACGAUGUCGUCAGAUCGUUGCGCCGCCAAAAGUUACAGCUUCAGUCUGCAUCCGAGCGGCAAGGGGGUCUAGGCCGCAUGGGCACUGCUAUGGAUCGCGAUCGGGAUCGAGAUCCGAAUAGACACUAUCGGCAUCGCAGAGAAAAGCGGCCUUGUGUCAUAUUAUAA